AUGGGCAAGAGAAAGAGCUCGUCCAAGAAGCCCGGUGGCGCCAAGAAGCCUGCUCCGCUCGAUACGGUCUUCACCUGUCUCUUUUGCAACCACGAAAAGGCGGUUUCGUGCAAGAUCGACGACAAGGCGAGGAUCGGCUAUCUGUCCUGCAAGAUCUGCGGCCAGAAGUUUUCCGCCGACACCAACCCGCUGGAUCAGCCGAUCGAUGUUUACUCGUUGUGGAUCGACGCUUGUGAGGAUGUGGCCAACGACGAUGGACGAUAG